AUGGAGCCGCCCCAGCGGAUGGGACAGCAAGAUCCACGACUCCACGGGUAUCAGUCGUACUAUUCUGGGCCCCCGCACUCAAUGAUGAUGAUGCCGCAGCACCAAGUGCCGCCGCCUGUGAUGCGCCAAGGUUUCCCAAAUCUGCCGCAUAUGCCCCCGAUGCCGCACGGCCAACCGAUGCAGUCAUACAACCCCGGCAGGCCACGCGCACAGCAGUACAACGUCGCCAACAGCAUGGGCCCAAUGCAGCCCGUAACGGCGCCUUCGUAUAAAAAGCCUAGGCCCACAGUCAUUGUGGUAUUGGGUUACCGCCGAGUGGGCAAAACAAGUGUGGCAAAACGCCUAGCAGAAGUGCGCAACUUUAAAUAUAUAUCACUGAAACCCAAGGGUAAUGAAUCCAGCGCUACGCCCAAAGCUUAUGUUUCCCCCUUGGUAGAAUUGCUUGAGCGUAAAAACAGAUUUGACGGUAUUGUCAUUGAUGACAUUGUGGUGCACAAUAAGUUUGAGCCGUAUUAUGUGCAAUCGGUUCUCCAACAGCAUGGUUUGAAGCUUGAUAUGGCCGUGGUUCUUGACAACGAUUUGGAGAUUACAAAAGAGAGGGAUGUCGACUACAGUGAUCCCAUUCAAAGGAAUCUUCACCCCGAGAGCUACGAGUUUUGUGCGAGUUAUCUCCAAGGAGAACCUAUUCAUGUUGUGGAAUGCCGGGAAAAGAGUCUUGAGGAAACGGUGGCCGAUGCGCAGCGACAGGAAGCUGAGGCAAGGCAAACUAAGGAGACGUCAUUAUCGCUGAAGGAUGUGGAGCUUAUGGCCAAGUGCCCUCUUGAGCGCAACCCAACUUUGGUGACGGAGAUUAUUGAAGCACAGAUCAGGCGCUUGAAUCUGCAUGAGUCCGCCCAAUUCCCCUACUCGGAGCCUAACUAUCUAUUAGAGUAUGCGGUUUUUGCGCGUCGUGCUUAUGCAUUCCGAAGUUACAUGGUUACACCUUGGAUGCAAGGCACUAAAGUAGCUCUAAUUGGAUACCAGAAUGCAGUCUACAUCUACCUUCCUGGGUACAACGUUGUAUUUGGCUUCAAUGAGGCCCCAGCGGCGUUGCUGCGGUUGACAAAGGAGAUGAAGGGUGAGGAUGGUUUGAGCUUUAUCUUUGAGGCCACUUUUGCCAAAGAUAAGUUUUACAUAUCAGAGCUGCUCAUACUGGGUGAAAAUACGGCUUCCAAAAUGCUCGCACAUGAACGCGUGGAUAUGCUGAAGGAGAAACUGGGAGAUCUUAACGAUGAGAAGGUGGAACUACUUCCCUGGUAUCCUGUUCAAUCAAUGGAAAAAUGUGUUUCGAGCAAUCCGCAGGCCAGUGGUGUCCUCUUCGUUAAUCCCGACGGCGUCAUGUUUGGCGAAUUUGACAGCCAGAACUUUCUGUAUCCACUGCCAAAGAAAAAGACGGUGGAGCUUCGUAUCUGGAACGGUGCCUUUAACGGCGGGAUAUGGUCAUUUGAUGCGUACUGUGAGGAUUCCGGCAAUGAGCAACGUAUUGAGGGUGUGCCCGUUCAUAUUUCCGACGCCGACGUAACAGUGCACUGCAUUAAUGACGGCAACAUACUGGAGUGCCUUCGCGAGGACUACACCACCGGCCCCAAGACGCGCAAGGGGGCCAGGCACUACGUCUUCCAGAGCCGGUGCCAGUGGCUGCUUAAACCAACGACGGUGCACAAGCAAGAUGUCUAUGUAAGCGAUCCCAUGUGGCCGUUGGAGCGCGUGGUGCAAGCAUGUGCCACGAUAAAGCAUGUCCCCGCACUUCGGCCAGAAGAGCGGGCGAGGGAAACUGCAACAGCAGACGGGUAG